AUGGAGGAAAGGUAUAGUAAAUGGUUGAAUCAAUAUCCCUUUUUGAAUCAGUGGUCUAUAGGGGACUCAGAUAAAGCGUUAACUAAAGAAGAUGUUACUAAUUAUGAACUGACUUUUAUUAGUGAUCCAAAUAAUAUAGCUGAUUAUAAUGAGAACUAUUUUGUAUUUGCCGGUAAAAUUUCAAGAAAUUUAAAAGAACUUAUUAAGUAUUUAAAUAAUGAUUUUAAUAAUAAAUGUAGAAAUUUAAAUAACUGGUUUUACGUUAUAUGGAAAGAGCACGGUCACCAUUUUGAAGACAUAAAGGAUGUACUGAAAUUAAUAGAAAAAUCUGGAAAUAAUGUUUAUAAGCAAAAUCACUGUACCUUUGAUUGGUUAUCAUAUGAAAAUGAGUUUGAGAACAUAAUAAAAUUAUACAAUUUUAAUGAAUAUGCUCCUAUCAUUAAAAAUAAAAUUAAAGACAUAGCAGAAAAAAACUAUAAUGAUUUUUGCGAGUAUGUACAUGGAUGUAUAAGUACAUAUAAUAAAUUUAAUGAGAAUUAUUGUAAGGAUGGCAAGGAUAAAAAUAAUAGCACUCUGUGCAAGGAAUUAGAAUUGUUUAAAGAAAAUUAUGAUUUAUAUGUGUCAUCUUUGGAUGAAUUUUUGGGAAAUUUUCCAUCAAUAGAAUUGACACUGAAUGGCUAUAAAAAAAAAUGUAUACCACCUAAUAAAAUGGGUUAUGGUCGAAGAUCUAAUACUAGUGAAACUAGAAAUGUUCAACAAAAUUCUGAUAAUUUAGGACACAAUAAUGGAGGUACCAACAUUGACACUCGUUUUAAUACAUGUGACUCUGAAACUCAACGUGCUACACAUUAUCACAUUUUUGAUAAAUUUCACAUAUAUAAAAGUAGUGAAGAUGGCUCUCAGAAUAUAUCUGAUAUGAGUGGACUUACUCUUUUUUGCAACGAAAAUAAAACUUCAGUUUCUAACUGGGACAAUAAUGUAAAAAAUAUUUGUAAAAAAUUUAUAUUAUUUUUUAUUAAUUUACGCACCCAUAUGCUUGAAUCUCGUAUAACUGAUUGUAACUAUGUUAAGUUCUUAAAUUUGUGGUUAAACAAAAAAUUAAGAGAAAGUAGUGAAAAUGAACAAUCCAGAAAUAAUUUUUACAACUAUUUAAAUGAAAACACAACAAGAUUUGAUGUAAAUAAUGAAUUAAAGGAUAAAAUAGCUGAUAUUCCUUCCGAUAAAUUCGAAAAAUUGGAUAUACUGUAUGAAUUAUAUGAUAAUUACAAUCAAAUCGUAGGAGAAGAAAUACAUAUAAGUGAAAGGAAACAAAAAUGUUUGGGUUAUGCAAGAAAAUGUGUUGAGAAAUUAAGUGAAGCUAUCAAUAAAUUUGAUGAGGAUAAAAAUAAAGAUUUUUUUGAAGCAUUAAAAGAGUUUAGUUAUAUAUAUUCAUAUGGUAAAUAUAAUACCAAAUCAUGUGUAGAUAUAGAAUUACCACAAUUACCAAAAUUCAAGUCAUCACAAAAGACAACAAAAGAACAACGUGAUCAGGAAACCCUUGAAGCGUGUGAAAAUGAUGGAACCAAACUAGAAAUUAUAGAUCUUCAAAAAAUGGACAAAUAUAGUAAUAUUUUAAAAUCUUUAAAUAUAUAUAAAAAAUAUAAAAAAUUUAAUAAUGUACAAUAUUCAGAUUACAAUAAAUACUGUAAAGACAUUUGUAAUUUGGAGCCUAGUUUCCCUGGUGUGAAAGAUUUAUGUGCGAAGAUUUCAAAGAACUUAGAAGAUAUAGCUUCUUUAACAAAAAAAGAUGAACGAAAUGAUAAUUGUGAAAAUUUUUACUAUUGGUUAUCUGAUUAUAUAUGGAAUAUGUUCGGGAAAAAUUCAGAACACCUUGAAAAUAAAUCUGAAGUUCUUAAAUUUCUUAGCGUAGUUUAUGGGAUUAUAUAUAGAUUAAAUAUUCCAGAGUGUUUAUUCCAUUAUAGCUCCUAUGAUAGAAAAGACAUUAUAAAUGAAAAGAAACAUUUGUAUUAUUAUUUUAAAUAUUAUAACAUAAUUAGAAAUCUUAUUGAUAAUAACAAAGAAGAAACACAAAAAGAAGAUUACUGUCAGUACAUUAAUUACACAAGAGAUCUAUAUGAAAAAUAUAUUUCAAUAUGCUGUUCCUGUUUUUCUGAUUCCAAGGAAUGUUCUGAGUAUUGUAAGGAAUAUUAUAAAUGUGAUAAAAGUUAUUAUCCUGGAGACUUACUUUAUAAAUUAGACUGCAAAUUUGACAUACCAAAAAAAAAUGUAGAUGAAUUAUUUAAACAAGUAACAAUAAAAAAAGACGAUUUAAUUAUGUUUCAAAAAGGGAUAACAAGGCCUUCGAUUCAACCAGCACAGAAUGAUCCUUUUUACAAUAUUGUCGUAUUUGCCUUUAGUUUACUCGGAAUUUUUUUCAUGUUUUUCAUAUUUUAUAAAUUUACCCCAUUUGGGUCUUGGCUACACAAAAGAAAAUUAAAGAAAAAAAACAUUAGCUAUGACAUUCGUGAAGAAUACAUGAAGGAAAUAAAAAAUAAAGGAGGAAAAAAUGCCAAUUUAAAAUCAAAAAAUAGAAGAAUGCAAAUAGCGUAUCAGAAUAAUUAA